AUUGACCCUAAGGUUUGACUGGACAAUGUUUCCCACACGAGCGCUUCUUGCGCGCUCAGUCUGGAAAGGACCAAAUAUUGUACCACUCCCAAUUCAACGAGUUGCCCCAGGCCAGAAAGUCCCACCUAUAAUGACUCAAGCCCGAUCAGCGACUAUUCUGCCGAACUUUGUGGGACUGGUUUUUCAGGUACACAACGGGAAAAACUACGUCGAUGUCGAGAUAACAGAAGACAUGGUCGGGCAUAAGCUAGGGGAAUUCUCACCGACGAGAAAACCAUUCUCAUACAAGCAAAGCAAGAACAAAUAGAUCAGACGAUUUACGUUUGGCGAUGGCGUUGUAAAGGAAGUACAGAAUUGUCAAUGGGAUUUUGGGCGUAUCAUAAAUGGCUUAAAGUGUAUUGUAUAUUACGAGGCAUGAGAUUCCUACAUGCCACACUGGAGGGGAAGGAGCCGAUUAUGGCUUCAUGUCUGUCGAGGGUCCACCAGCCAUAUCUUGUGAGGGAAAGGGUCAUGGAAAACUACAAGCAGUCAAAAGAAGUCACAAGUAAUUAUCUGCGACAUGGCAUGGAGAUAUCCCAAUUCAUUUGUUGUGCCGCCGUCCGAAGAGUCCUCAGUCAUUGACUGACAAAUCACGCCCAAAUGGCAGGCUUCAGCGACACCAUACCAAUGCCUUCCUUAACGCCUUAUUGUCUGAGAAACGCCACCCAUAUCAGGUUGCCCAAUUUAUCUCUCCCAAAGCCAAAUCGCAUGUCUAAACUCCUCAUCUGUAGAAUUCGCCUCUUUUGACGUUGACUCCGU